AUGGCAGACCUGGAAGGCGGUGCACCUGUCCCUCCUACACCCCGGCCAAUCUCGGAGCCAGAGACAGCUCCAGCUUCUCCCUUAACCAGCCUCAACAACAGUGACCCUAUCACCCUUCGGGUAGGGGAACGCAACUUCGUCACCGCUCUGGCAACCCUAACAGGCGAAAGCCAGUUCUUCUCUUCCAUGUUCUCCGGCAACUGGCACAACACCAAACAGCCCGACGGUUCAUAUUUCAUAGACGCAGAUCCCGACCUCUUCGCCCACAUCUUGCGCUAUCUCCGGCAUAACAUGCUUCCCCUCUUCUAUGCCAAUGGCCACCACGAUCUGGGGCUGUAUGCAGCGUUGCUAGGCGAGGCCAAGUACUUCCAGAUCCCAAGUUUGGUAAAGUGGCUAGAGCACGAGACGUAUUUUCGGGCAGUCAAGGUACAAAGAGAUGUAGAUGAGGCUGAGAAUGUUCUUGAUCUCCGUGAUCUUACCAAGUCGAACGAGGAGGUGGAAUAUCAUCCGUUCCGGACGACGGAGAAGGUCUAUGUUUGUCCAAGGGGUAUCUCCCUGCACAGAGGAAGGCCGAAUGCCUGUGGGAGAUUGUGUCAACGAGCGAGAGGAGACGACCCGGAGGAGUAUGAGGACGAGGACGUCUACAAGGCGCUGGUGAUUCGGAAAACGGUGGUGUUUGAUCACAGACUUUGUGCAGGGGACGAAUGA